AUGGACCAAAUUUGGGAACCGGAAGAGGUAAGGAGUCCGAAAUGUAGCUUUGUGCCUCCAAAUGGUGGGAACUUACUUUUAGUGUAUAUGAUGAACGAGACGGACCCAUACUUACCCAAACAUGGAUUAAUAGGUUCUAUACAUGACUAUGAGGAGAAACAUGAUGAAACGGUCUCAAUCCAAGGGAGGAACAUCAAAUGGACCAAAUUUGGGAACCGGAAGAG